AGAUCGUCGUCAGGGUCGCUGGGCGGCAUAUCAAUGAAGCGAUUGUCCCUGACUACGCUCACGCUUCAAAACUCUGCCCUCAUUCUGAUCAUGCACUACUCGCGCGUCAUGCCUGUCGUUGGCGGGCAGCGGUAUCACACGAGCACUAGUGUGUUCCUGAACGAAGUGAUAAAGCUGGGCAUAAGCUUGACAAUGGCUCUAUAUGAUAUUUCAAAGACUCUCCCACCGAACACGACCGUCACGACCCUCUUCUGUAGCCUCACAAGCGCAAUGUUCACGAAUGAAAGCUGGAAGCUUGCCAUACCCGCCCUUCUCUAUACCUUGCAGAACACACUUCAAUAUGUGGGAGUCAGUAACCUGGACGCAGCGACUUUCCAGGUCACAUAUCAGCUCAAGAUCUUGACUACUGCCAUGUUCAGCGUCUUGAUGCUGGGAAGAAGCUUGUCGUCACGCAAGUGGUUGUCACUGCUGGUCCUAGUGGUCGGUGUAUCCAUUGUGCAGCUGCCAGGGUACUCUGCCGAGCCUACCACGAUGGGGUCGUUGCGAAUCCCUGAUACCAAAGUCUGGCCACGAUCGCUUGACGCGUUACGACAACUCGGCAGCCAUGCUGCAGCGCACUUGACGAAGCGCUCUGGAUCAUACGAGGGCAUAAAGGAAGACCGCGGCAUGGUCGCACCAGAGAUGGACAGCUCUGUUGGUCUGGCUGCUGUAUUGGUAUCCUGCGCCUUGUCAGGGCUGGCUGGUGUCUCAUUUGAGAAGAUAUUGAAGGAGUCGACAAGCAAGAACACAUCACUCUGGGUGCACAAUUGCCAGCUCUCCUUCUGGUCCUUAUUUCCUGCAUUGUUCCUGGGCGUUUUCUGGAAAGACGGCGAGAUCAUCGCGAAGACAGGCUUCUUCGCAGGCUAUAAUUGGGUUGUGUGGGCGGCAAUCAUCUUCCAGGCGAUGGGCGGUGUUAUCGUUGCGCUGGUUAUUAACUACGCGGACAACAUUGCAAAAAACUUUGCUACCAGCAUCUCCAUAAUCAUCAGUUGCGUCGUCAGCGUAGCCUUGUUCGAGUUUAAAGUCACUACAUCGUUCUUCCUUGGUACAUUGGUCGUCCUGUUUGCCACCUACCUAUACACAAAACCAGAGCUGCAUCAUCACCAGGGGUCAGUGAAGAUUGCGAGCUUCGAGAAGACGACGAUU